GCAAGCAGUAUGAGUAUUGCCUGUAGUUAGUAACUCUACUUCCUUGAAAACUGUAAAAUGAUGAAGGAGGCCAGGGACUGCCGAAUGGAUCCUUUCCUUCAGAUGUACUUCAAAUAAUGAGGCGCUUAUUUGUGAGUAUAAUCAGGAAUCUUGUUGCAAGCAGUUCAGCAUUGGCUCUGUAAAUAGCUGUAGAUAGGAACUCUACUUCUAUGCAAACUGCAUUUCUAACGUUCGGAAUUUAAUGUGGCAUUAAAGUGAAAUCGUGCAUAGAAAGAAAACAUGGCGACAGUGGCUAAUUUAAAAAUAUUAUGGACAGUAUUAUAUUUACUCAUAUCGUUAACCCGACUUGUAAUUACAAUGGAUAAACAGAUGGAGGAACCAGUAUGUACAUCUAGAUUCGACUACGAAUAUAAAAUAUUACACAAAAUGGUGAUGCUUGAAAUAGAACAAAACAAACUAAAGGAAUUAAUGGCAGAAAUGAGUACGCUACCAAACAUACUGAAAGAAGAGAGCCUUCAAACUCGAGCAAUAGUAGACCGUGUAGAAAAAAGGCUGAAAGAGAUAGACGCAAAAAAGUCGUACGGUGGGGCAGGAAACACAUAUGUCCGCUGGGGAAGAACAGAAUGUCCCGGAAAUGGGACAGAAAUGGUGUACAAAGGGUAUGCAGGUGGUGGAUUUUAUGACAACGAAGGUGCAGCAAGCAAUUAUUUGUGCUUACCCGAGGAACCAGUGUGGGGUGUUUAUGAAGAUUCAGAGCAGGUAGCUGGGACGGUCUAUGGAGCAGAGUAUGAACUCUAUAACAGAAAUAUGGAUAAGUUCUUUGGAAAGGCCUUGCAUCACCAAGAUGUGCCAUGCUGUGUUUGUAGGACAAAGCGGCCAAGUGCUAUAAUGUUACCAGGUCGAAACAUCUGUUAUGACGGUUGGACAUUGGAAUAUAGCGGGUAUCUCACCAGCGGAUAUGAAAACCAUCAUGCAACCGAAUUUGUUUGUUUAGACGGUGAUCCAGAGGCUAUUGGCGGAGGAGAAUCUAAUGUCAAUGGAAAGCUGUUCUAUUUUGUUGAGGCACGCUGUGGCUCAUUGCGAUGUCCACCUUAUGUGAACGGACGUGAGCUUACAUGUGCUGUUUGCACCAAAUAGAUCUAACAGUAUUGAAAUUAUGUACGUUAUCAUUUUUAAUGGAGGAAAAUCAAAUUUUAGCAUUUUAAGUUAAGAUGUCCGAAUAUAAAUAUAUAACGUCUAUAUAUGCCAAUUUAUUGCGCCGUCAUAAGCUUAGUCCCAAUUUAGAUCUUUUGAAACGGUUCUAAUUGUUGAAAUAUUAACUUUUAGCCAUCUGCCAAAAUAUGUAUUUCAGAUAAAAAAUUAGCACAUUUUUUUAAAUAAACGACAUUGCUGAUUAAAAAGUGAACGUUUUAGGUUCAAGAAGCAAUGACAGUUCAUACAUGUAUUUCGUAAUUAAACGAAAAGUUUGAGUAAUAAAUAUUUGUGUAAGGUCUUUUAACCGCAAGAAUGAGAAGUCUUUCAAAGACUUUCACACUUUUUUACAAAGUUCACUUAAGCCUUAUAUGGCCUACACAAUUUGGAAAAAUUUCUAAUUGGUUAUUAUUACAACAAAUAUACAUUUUUUGCUACCAGAAUGUUUAUCUACUAU